GUCAACCAAAACAAUCUAGCCAAAGCCGAUUGAAGAAAAAUAUUCGCGCAGCAAAGAGAUUAAAUUAAUUUCUCAAUCAUCAAUCACUUCCUAACUUGUAAUGAGCUCUGUUAAUUUUUGAGCUUCCUUGUAAAUAUCUUAACCCCUCUAAGAUUUAUUCAAAUUGCCGAAUUAAUUAUGAAAGUGAUUUGAUUUGAAAAUGGAAAAAGAAACAGGUACACAUUAUACGGAGGGAGUUCCAAUCCAGGGCUUUGACCAAGAGACCAAGAAGAAAGAAGAUACUCAGGGUGGAACUUUCCAGUGUUGUGUGUGCAAACUGGAAGAGACCUUCCACUGUCGCGGUCCAAUCCCUUUUUUCUGCAAGACCGUCCGACUAUCGGCGGACAGCUACGUGGCCAGGGACCCGUUCACGCCGCUACAACAGCGUUCCUUCCUCCUGCUUGGCUCGGACUGUGGAGUAUGCGGCAAUCCAGUGUGCCAGAGCUGUAGCCUAUACUACACCAAGAGAUUCUGCAAACCGUGCGCCCUUGAGACGGCCAGCAAGUUUCCAGCUCCACUCAAGGCAAGAAUUUUGCAGCCGAAUUUCAUGCAGAGCUGACAGAAGUAAAAGGUCUGCGAAGAGACUAUUUGACAAUGACAUAAAAAUAGUUAAAUUGUGGACAAAAUUAAGCAAAAAAAAAUUAAUUUUACCAUAAUUUUUUUGAAUUUGAAACUGAAAUAAACCAAUAAUUUUUUUUCUAUAAAAAUUG